ACCGUCUCCUCCACCACCACCUCAAGUAUCCUCCAUCCCCUCCCAUUCCUCCUUCUCCAUGUCCCCAUCCUCCCACUUCUCCAUCAUUUGUCACUCUUCAGCUGUCUCCCCCUCUUCGGCUGUCUGCCACUCUUCCUCCGUAUCGCUGCCCACCCCCUAGAAGAGACUCAAGCUCGAGACCAGGAAGAGGAGCUGGGACAGAGCGAGCGAGGGAGCCACGCAGGCCAGCGUGGGGGUGUUCAACAUGGGGCUCACGCCUGGGGGGUGCUCGUGCCGCUGCUGCUCACCAAUGGCUUCAGCGUGGAGGCGCUGUUGGGCCGCACGCGCGGUGAGGCCGAGCAGCUGGCGGCCAAGGUGCGCGUCCCCUUCUCCAGCAGCAGCUGCAUGGGCGGCGUGCCGCUCCACCAGCUCGGGGACCUCAUGCGCAUCUUCAACCCGCCAGAGCUCAGCUGUGGGAUCGCGGUCAAGGCCCUGGGAUCAGCUCCCACUCGAGAGUGGUCCUCCCCUGGCUGCUGUUUGUGCUGCGACUGUUUAGGACCGGUAGAGCGGACUGCUUCUGGUCUCCCACCCAGUAACCCUGCUGUCUCUUUACCCCAUUGUCACCCAACCCAGCAAACUCACCGACACUGUUACCUCAUCCAUCAGACACAAACCCCCAUACUUUCUCAAACAAUGGCAUCUCCAAUCUUAUGUUAAUUCUGUUCCUGCAGUCUUCCACAAUUCAUGAUAUUUGUUUCAUAGGUAUCCACCUGUUACUCGUAGCUUAAACAUUAAUCACAGACAUGCAAAAAUAUCUACAUGCUAGUAACGCCAUUUAGCACAGCACUAUAGUAUAAAAUACAUUAAAAAACAAUACAUGUUUAUAUUGUUGAUUAGUUUGCGUGUUGAAACCAAUCCUGGUCGCAUUACUGCCUCACCUUUCCCAUUACAUUUCCACUAUCGUAGAAAUCUACUUUAAUUUGACCACUGUAUAAAAAUGGCUUAAAAGAGGAUCCUAGUAAUUAUAGACCCAUAUUUUUUUCAACAGUUACUAAAAUACACUGGUUCUUUCGGUAAAGUCACGUAGGUAGAAAAAAAAUAAAAAUAUAUGUCACGACGUUUCGAUCGUAACACAAGCGGUCGUCCUCAGGCGGAAAAAAAUUAUCCAGCAGUGGAACUGCUGAACUUGGCUGAACCAGGUUCAGCAGUUCCGAGGCACACGACCGCUUGUGUUGUUCUGAGGACGACUGCUUGUGUUGCGAUCGACACGUCGUGAUAUAUAUAUUUUUCUUUUUUCUAUCUACGUGACUUUACCGAAAGAACCAAAGAGUAUGGAUUCCUGCAGUCACGCAAGCUUCAAAUCAAGUUACUAAAAUAUUCGAAAAACAUUCAUCCAAAAUAAACUGCUGCCGAAAAGCUCACAAUGUCAUGCACAGCAAAGUCUAGUUUUCAAGAGGAUUACAGCACCACCACAGCUAUGGAUGUUUAAAAUGUUCUCAUCAGUAAACUGGAUAAAAGGUCACUACUGCUGUGCAAUAUUCAUUACCUUUUCAAAAGCCAGUUGAAAAUUAUAUUCCACUCACAAUUCUUGGUCAAUUACGGUUUUCAGAUUCAACAAUAAAAUGAUAUAAGUUACCUCUCAGACCGUUCUUAAAUAAGUACAUAGUGUAAAGGAGUUCCUGAGACGUCCAUUUUAACAAGGGUAAGUCUUUAUUUCCAUGUAGUAAGUACAAACAGUUCCGUUGAACCCAGCCCAGCUGCACUCCGCCUUGGUCGUCUUUCUUCAGUCUUGUCCCAGCCUUGCACCCACAACUGAGUUCAGGCUCCCUCUUUAUAAACCCUCCUUAGGCCCCGCCCCUAAUCAGACCGUGUCCCUCCCACGUGGACAGACCACCUGUUCUUAAUUAACUCAACGUGUGCGUUCCCCUAUAUUUCCCCUUACAGUUUCCCAUCCUUACGC